GGGCCCCUAUUACCGCCUCCUCAUGCUGCUGCCAGGCCCCUAAUCUGCCAUGGGCCCCUAUAUACCGCCUCCUCAUGCUGCUGCCAGGCCCCUAAUCUGCCAUGGGCCCCUAUAUACCGCCUCCUCAUGCUGCUGCCAAGUCCAGAGUCUGUCAUGGGUCCCUGUACGGCCUCCCAUUGCUGCUGUCUCCAUCGCCACACUCUGCCAUGUGCCACUUUCAGGUCUCCUCACACUGCUGGUGGGUUCCAUUUUGUCAUAGGUUGCUGUAUGGCCUCCCAUUGCUGCUGCUGCCUCCACCGCCACACUGUGGCUCCAAACACUGGUUUUGGCCCCGUGACUGGCCAAAUGAGUGAAGUGUGCGGUGAUUCUAAGAUCGACGGCACUCAUCUGCAUGUCAUACUGACUGACAGUAUUAUUUUUCUCUUCCCCAGCAGACUCCAAGGGCAUUUAAAUUAAAGGUACAGUGUUCUGCACUAAUAUUA